AUGGGCUCUCAUCAAAUUGAGGAAGUUGAUGUCCUACUCGUGGGAGCAGGCUUCGCCUCCUUCACGCUGCUGAAUCGUCUACGCAAGCUGGACUACAAGGUUCGCAUCUUCGAGAAGGGUGGCGCAGCUGGCGGGAUCUGGUAUUGGAACUGCUAUCCUGGGGCGCGCGUCGACACGGACUCUCCCAUCUACCAACUCUUCGACAAGGAGCUGUGGGAAGACUUCACCUUCAAGGACCGAUAUCCAGGGUGGCAGGAGCUGCGGGAAUACUUCGAGUACGUCCAAAAGAAAUGGAACGUAAAAGAUUAUACGUCCUUCAACAAGCAGGUUGAGAGCGCCGUCUUCGACGAGAGUCGCCAGCAAUGGCUGGUCGAGUGUGCUGACGGCACCGAGAUCUACGCUCGAUGGUUCAUCCCCUGCAUUGGCUUUGCCAGCAAACGGUAUACUCCGCCCUUUGCGGGUCUCGGAAACUUCAAGGGUGACAUCUAUCACUCGGCCGUCUGGCCUCAGCAUGGAGUCAACCUCAAGGGAAAGCGCGUUGCCGAGGUCGGCACCGGAGCCUCCGGCAUCCAGAUCAUUCAAGAGAUUGGCCCCGUGGUGAAGGAGUUGACAGUAUACCUCCGAACGCCCAAUUUGUGUCUGCCCAUGAACCAACGCCAGCUCGACCCCAAGGAGGAAGACGAGAAGAAGAAGAACGGAUGGUACGAGGAGCAGAUGGAAAAAACCCGCCACACCUUUGCCGGCUUCACGUACGACUUCUUGGAGAAGAACACCUUUGACGACACGCCCGAAGAGCGAGAGAAGAUGUACCACAAGCUCAUGGUCGAGGAGGGCGGCUUCAUGUUCUGGCUCGCCACCUACAAGGACAUGCUUUUCGAUCUCAAGGCCAACAAGGAGGCCUACGACUUCUGGCGCAAGCAGGUCUUGAAGCGUCUGACGGACCCUGAAAAGCAACGACUCUUGGCCCCAGAGGUCCCACCACAUCCAUGGGGCACCAAACGGCCGUCACUGGAGCAGAGGUUCUAUGAAGUGGUCGACCAGCCCAACGUCAAGCUCAUCGACGUCAACGAAAACCCGAUCGAGGAAGUCACGGCCACCGGCAUCAGAACCAAGCAGGGUCUCGUUGAGGUGGACGUCAUCAUCCUCGCCACCGGCUUCGAUUCCGUGACGGGUUCGCUGGCUCAACUCAACAUUCAAGGCACCAAAGGCGGCACCGUCGCCGACCACUGGAAAGACGGUACAAAAACGUCAAUGGGUAUCGCCUUGCCCGAGUUCCCCAACAUGUUCUUCCUGUACGGCCCUCAAGCACCGACCGCCUUCAGCUCCGGGCCCAGCUGCACGCAGUUCCAAGCCGAGUGGGUGGAGAAGGUGUUCAAACUGAUCAAGGAAAAGGACAUUACGAGGCUAGAACCCACAAAGGAAAGCGAAGACGACUGGGGGAAGCGGUUGGCCGAGAAGUGGGAUGCCUCGCUGUUCCCCCUGGCAAAGAGCUGGUACCAAGGUGCCAACAUCCCAGGGCGAAAGGUCGAGCCUCUGAACUGGUCCGGUGGCAUGGUCGAAUAUGUCAACACCUUGAAUCGCAGCCUGGAGAAUGACUUUCAGGGAUGGAAAUACUCGACCGCCAAGGCCUGA